UUUAUCCCAAUCAAAUCCAAGUCUAGCAAAGGGUCUUGCAUUAACCAUUCUGUGAAUGCAAGAUACGUUACAAAGACGUUUUAGACGUUUUAUUAACCACAUUGUCGACUGUGCCCCGGGAUAUCUGGCCGUGGCCGUAUAAAAAUGGCUUCUCAACUAUUACCUCUCGAGCUUAUCGACAAAUGUGUCGGAUCCAAGAUUUGGGUUGUGAUGAAAGGCGAUAAAGAAUUCUCUGGGACUUUAAUGGGAUUUGAUGACUAUGUCAACAUGGUUCUUGAGGAUGUUACAGAGUUUGACUAUUCCGGAAACCAAGAAAAGCUUCCCAAGAUUCUUCUUAACGGAAACAACGUUUGCAUGUUAAUACCCGGUGGAGAGGGUCCAGUCAAUCAUUCUUAAGAUGCGAAGAAACUGAACUGAGAUGAAGUAUCAUUGACGAGGAAUGAUCUAAAAGAAGAGUGUUUUCGAUGAUCAAUCGGGCCUUGUGUUCCUAACUAAUUAGUCUACUGUAUCAUCAGAAAGAGGAAAUACCCAAUGCCUUUCAUAGUAAUAUUCCCACAGGGAUAAAUUAGAAUAGAUCCUAUAUCACAGAGGUAUUGACCGACAGUUGAUGAUGAGCAAUUCGUGCACGGCGGACAGUUUUUGACGUUUUAUUUAUGACUCCAUAGUUAUAUUUACAAAUACCGGCAUGAUAAGCUUAUGUAAAGUAAUGACUGAGAAUAUCGGUGUGGAAAUCAAAAAGAUUGAGGUUGAAGA